AAAGUACAAAUUCAAUGUUGUCAGAUUCUUAACUCUUCUGUAAAGAAAGAGUAAAAGUGGAACAAAAACAAAACCACAGCAAAGAUAUGAACUGAUCUUUUUUCCAAUCUGUUUCCAACAACCCAUGUUCUUUUUCUUCUCUAUAUAUUUUUUCUAAUUCUAAAGACUACCCCAUUUCAUCAUCAUCAUUAUCAUCUUCCUCUGUUAAUGUUCUCUUUUGCCCCCCCUUUUUUUUGGUGUGAUCUUUUUAGUCUCUUUUUCCUCAGCUAAGCAAGAAAAAUAUCCCUUUUUUGUUCAGUUUAUCCUUUUCCUCUAGAUCUGUGACCUACUUGGGUCCCUGGAAGUGAAGAGAAGCUGGUAUUAGAAGAAGUUACAGAGGAAUAUUGGGUGAUGGGGAAGAAGGUCCAAGGCAGAGGCAGUGUAUUGGGUCUGCUUCUUCUAGUGUUCUUCUUUGUGUUUGUGGAAAUUGGAGAAGCUCAAUCGAAGUCCUUUUUCAUUAACUGUGGAGCAAAUUCCAGUGUUGUAGUGGAUAGCAGGAAAUGGGUUGGUGAUUUGGCCCCUAACACCAAUCUCACUCUCAGCUCUCCUGGACUUGCUGAAUCAACUCUAUCAUUAAGUGGCGAGUUGGCUUUGGCUUCACUAUAUAACACUGCCCGGGUUUUCACUGAUGGUUUGAACUACACAUUUCAAGGAAUUCAGGGUUACUAUGUGGUAAGGCUUCAUUUCUGUCCCUUCCCAUUUAAGAAGCUCAAUGUAAAUGAAUCUUCAUUUGGUGUUGUGGCAAAUGGUCUAAAGCUGGUUUCAGAAUUCAGUGUUCCUGGUGAGCUUUCACACAAGAACAUGGCGUUGCAAAGUUCUGGAGGCAACACUACUUUUUCUCUGGUUAAAGAGUAUAUUCUGGAUGUCAAUCCGAGUGUUCUUGUUAUUGAAUUCAUCCCAGCUAAAGGGUCGUUUGGAUUUGUAAAUGCUAUAGAGAUUGUCCCAGUUGUUGAUAACUUCUUUCCAGACUCUGCUGGUAAAGUGGGUGGAAAUGCAGUGAAUUUGAAUUUGAAGGGCCGAGGGGUUGAGAUUAUGUAUAGGUUAAAUGUUGGGGGGGAUAAGAUUAGUCCUUCCGAGGACUCAGAUCUUUGGAGGACAUGGGAAGUGGAUUCCAGCUAUAUGAUCACGGCAAACGCAGGGUCUGAAAUUCAUAAUAGUUCCAAUAUUACCUAUGCUUCCAUGAAUGAUUCUUCAGUGGCUCCUCUUCUUGUGUACGAAAGUGCUAGAUCUAUGUCCAACAAUGAAGUCUUGGAGAAAAGGUUCAACAUGUCAUGGAAAUUUGAAGUGCAUCCUGAUUUUGAUUACUUAGUUCGGUUACAUUUCUGUGAGCUAGUUUAUAUCCAGGCAAAAGAAAGAACCUUCAGAAUCUACAUCAACAACAGAACUGCAGCAGAUAAUUUUGAUGUUUUCUCUCGGGCAGGAGGGAAAAACAAAGCAUAUCAUCAGGACUUUGUUGACACGGUGUCUUCAAAAUUUGACACACUAUGGAUUCAGUUAGGUCCCGAUUCGACUGCGGCUGCUGCAGUAACUGACGCUUUCAUAAACGGACUAGAGAUUUUCAAGCUGAGUCGAGAUGGGAAUCUUGCUUUUGUGGAGAGGUAUGAUUCAGCUGGGAAUUCUUCAGGAAAAUCGAAAAGUUUUAUCCUUUGGGUAGGAAUUGGAGCCGGCUUGGUUUCUGUUGUAAUUUUGGCUGCUGUAGUUGCUUUCAUAGUAUGCUUCUGCAAAGGCCGAGGAGGAGACAAAUCAAGUGACACCAAAAACAAUGCUUCUGUUUGGCGGCCCUUAUUCCUUCAUGGAUCCAUUGGGAACAGCAUGGGAAAUGCCAAGGGAUCUGCAGGAGUCCAGAAUCCUUAUGGAUCUAUGGCUACUAUUAGAGGUGGCAAGAGGUUUACAUUAGCCGAGAUUCGUGCUGCAACAAAUAAUUUUGAUGAAACAUUGAUGAUUGGAGUUGGGGGCUUUGGUAAGGUGUACAAAGGGGAGAUUGAAGAUGCCACCCUUGCAGCAAUCAAGCGGGCUAAUCCACAAUCUAACCAAGGCCUCACAGAGUUUGAAACAGAGAUUGAGAUGCUUUCCAAGCUCAGGCAUAGGCAUCUGGUCUCCAUGAUUGGCUAUUGUGAAGAACAGCGUGAGAUGAUCUUGGUUUACGAGUACAUGGCAAAUGGGACACUUAGAAGCCAUCUAUUUGGGAGCGAUCUCCCUCCCCUAACCUGGAAGCAGAGAUUAGAAGCAUGCAUUGGUGCUGCAAGAGGACUCCAUUACCUUCAUACUGGAGCCGAGCAAGGAAUUAUCCACAGGGAUGUUAAGACGACUAACAUACUGCUAGAUGAAAACUUUGUAGCAAAAAUGUCAGAUUUUGGGCUGUCUAAAAAUGGCCCUGCUUUGGAUCACACUCAUGUCAGUACUGCAGUGAAAGGAAGCUUUGGUUAUCUAGAUCCUGAAUAUUUCCGACGACAGCAACUAACUGAGAAGUCCGACGUCUACUCUUUUGGGGUGGUGUUGUUUGAAGUUGUCUGCGCUAGAGCUGUUAUAAACCCAACCUUGCCCAAAGAUCAAAUCAAUCUUGCAGAAUGGGCAAUGAAAUGGCAAAGGGAGAGAUCUCUUGAAAGCAUCAUGGACCCUCGUCUCAAGGGAAGCUAUUGUCCUGAAUCUUUGAAGAAGUUUGGGGAGAUAGCAGAGAAAUGUCUAGCUGAUGAGGGGAAGACCCGGCCAACGAUGGGGGAAGUUCUAUGGCACCUAGAGUAUGUGUUGCAGCUCCAUGAUGCUUGGAUGCGUAACAACGCAUCAGGAAAUUCCCUCUCAAGUAGUCAGGCUUUGGGACCAGAUGAAGGAGGACCCAGUUUUGAUGGAGAGACCAGCUCCAAAGAAAAGUAUACAACAUCAAGGGGAAUUGAUGAUAUGGAGGCUACAACUCAGCUCUCAUAGCAGACUUGCAUUCAAGACCAGUGAGGACUUAUAGAUUGUAUUCUUAUGAGAUUGUCUUACAAAUUCUUUUAAAUUUGUUAUAUUAAAUUCAAUGUCAAAUUUUAGUUUUCUGUUGUAUUAUCUAUAUAGCUUUACAAGCUUGAUUCUUUUUGUUACAUUCUGAUUUAUUCAUUUUUUUCCUUUAAAUUUCUUUGGUCAACAUUUUUUUGGGGGA